GGCAGCGGCGGCAGAGCAGGCUCGGUGCGCGGGUCCGCGGCGGCUCGGGGUCCGCCCGCGGGCUGCGGUGCGAGCGGGCGGCCCGGCUCCCCUCCUCCCCCGCCCGCUGCCGCCGCUGUGAUUGGGUGGAAGAUGGCGCUGGGCGGAUGGAAAUCCUAAUGACAGUCUCCAAAUUCGCCUCCAUCUGUACCAUGGGCGCCAAUGCCUCGGCAUUAGAGAAAGAGAUUGGUCCAGAACAGUUUCCAGUCAAUGAGCACUAUUUUGGAUUAGUCAAUUUUGGGAAUACCUGCUACUGUAAUUCAGUUCUUCAAGCACUUUAUUUUUGUCGUCCAUUUCGGGAAAAAGUUCUAGCAUACAAGAGUCAACCUAGGAAGAAGGAGAACCUUCUUACAUGCUUAGCAGAUCUCUUCCAUAGCAUAGCCACUCAGAAGAAAAAGGUUGGAGUAAUUCCUCCUAAGAAGUUCAUAACAAGAUUACGGAAAGAAAAUGAGCUUUUUGACAACUACAUGCAGCAAGAUGCCCAUGAAUUCUUAAAUUACCUGCUAAAUACAAUUGCUGAUAUUUUACAAGAAGAGCGAAAGCAGGAAAAACAAAAUGGCCGUUUACCUAAUGGUAAUAUUGACAGUGAAAAUAACAACAGCACACCAGACCCAACUUGGGUUCAUGAGAUCUUUCAGGGAACAUUAACUAAUGAAACCAGAUGUCUUACUUGUGAAACUAUAAGCAGCAAAGAUGAAGAUUUUUUAGACCUUUCUGUUGACGUGGAACAAAACACAUCAAUUACUCACUGCUUAAGGGGUUUUAGCAACACAGAAACUCUAUGCAGUGAAUACAAAUAUUACUGUGAAGAAUGUCGCAGCAAACAGGAAGCACACAAACGGAUGAAAGUUAAAAAACUGCCCAUGAUUCUAGCUCUACACCUGAAAAGAUUUAAGUAUAUGGAUCAACUUCAUCGAUAUACAAAACUUUCUUACCGGGUAGUUUUUCCUUUAGAACUUCGUCUAUUUAACACUUCAGGCGAUGCAACCAAUCCUGACAGAAUGUACGACCUUGUUGCCGUUGUGGUUCACUGUGGAAGUGGUCCCAAUCGAGGCCAUUAUAUUGCAAUAGUUAAGAGUCAUGAUUUUUGGCUGUUGUUUGACGACGACAUUGUAGAAAAAAUAGAUGCACAAGCUAUUGAAGAAUUCUACGGGUUGACAUCAGAUAUCUCAAAGAACUCUGAGUCUGGUUACAUCCUUUUCUAUCAGUCUCGAGACUGAGGGGGAACCGUGAUGAAGAGAUACUUUCUGCCUCAUUUCUUCUCUGGUUAUUUUGGAAAGGAUCAAGCACUGAUUUUUCAAGAAAAGAGAAAUGCAGGAAGCUCAGGGGGCAGUAGCACACUUUGCACACAAUAAAGCAAAGACGAUGGAUUAACAGACUCUUCCUAUCAUGGUAGUUGAUUUCUUUGCUCAGGUAUCAUGCUGUCUGCGCAGUUCCAUACAACAAGGAAGUGAAAUCAGAGAUACCAGCUCCUCUUGUAAAACAGCCUUCCAGUAAUUGACGUGCAUUUUCUCUUUGUUAAUUGCACCAAAAAUGAUUUGAACUCCUUGGGGGUGCAGUUGAAAGAAUAGGAAUCUGUGCUAGGUUGUAUUGGUAAUUUAGGGAGAUGAUAUUGAGCACACUGCAUGAAUUUGCCUGUGUUGAAUAUGUAUGGAAAGAAUGAAUAUUCGGUGGUCUUUUCAAGCGUAAACCAGAAAUACUUUUGGGCCCAACACUUGCAAUUGCCUUCCUGAUGUAAAAAAACUAACAGAUACUAGAACCCAGUGUCAGGAGGACAAAUAUGUUUUGCUUCUCUGAAGAAGCUUAUAAUAAUAUACAGUAUAUGUAUAUGUAGGGAACAAUUGGUCAAAAGUGGCUUUUUGUUUCCCCAAGGGGAAAGACUGGCUUUGUAAUUAUAAUUUUUUUCCUUAUUUAUUUUACUGAAAACUGGUAGAGUCUAAGUAUUGUAUGAAGUGCCCAUGAUUCUGUCAGUAAAUUUGAGCAUAUUUUUAUUAGCUUUUGUCCGUUUAACUAGUCCUUUUGUUUGUUUCUAUUUUUAAGGUGAAUUUUAAACUCUAUUUUAAAUUGUAAGAUACCUUAAGAAAAAUUGCAGUGAGAGGAGGUAAAUAUUCUUUUUCAGGAGGAACUGAUAUCUCUGGCUAAAUAUUUGUCCUUUUGUUAUAGUUUAUAAGUCAGUUGUUUUAUUCAGCUUUAAUUUCAGUAAAAUAAAAAACUAUCAAAAAUUCCCUCUAGUUGUUGGAAUGAUGAAAGAAAUUCUGGUCAGUGGUGGUGUACCAGUCUUUAGAAUUCUCAGAUACUCCAAGGUUUCAAGUUGAAGCCGUGUUUGGAAAAUUCAUGUCAUAGCAGUCAUGUUAUUUUCAAAUGCCGUUCUUUACCCCGGAAAGAACUAAUCAUCAUAACCCCAGCAGCCUGUGGUGGGUGGCUAGCUAAAAACCCUUCGAAUAUUAAAUUUUAAUGAACUAGACCAGAAACAUACAAAGCAAGUUUUUGUUUUUUUCCUCCACCUUUAUAAAUCUUACUGGAAGAAUGUUCAGAAGUUAAACUUUGUGUUUGUUAAAGACUUCUUUCUGUUGGGAGUUUUGAGAAGUAAUAUAUGUAAUGUAAAAUUUGUGUAAACCAGUGCAUUUGACACUUUUCCAUGCAUCGGUAAGUUGUCUGACAGUGGCCAAAUGUAACUUGCAGAAAAUAAUUGAAUAUAUAUUCAAAAUAAUAGCAAUCAGGCCUUGGGUAUUCUUUUAUCAAAGUCUUUUCAGGCAGUAAUUUUUUUUUAAUUGCUGUAAUUUUCUAAACUUAUUUUACUAAUACUGUUAAAUAUGAAAAACAACAAAAAAGAAUGUUUUUGUCUGCUGCUAUUAUUAACAUUUAUUAUCUGUAUCUUUUAGCUCAGGAAAUGACUUCACCUAUUCAUUCCAUGCACAGAUCUUUGACAGGGUCACUUAGGUAAUUGGGCUGUUUCAACAGAUGUGCUGCGAGAAAAUUGCAAUGUAUUUUGACAAAUUGCUCUUUAAGGUAUAGUUUCUAAAGCCAUACCCUGCUGGAAUGGUUUUGUACAAGUUGCGUAGCCUGCCUGAUCUACCAGCAUUGCACAGGGAGUCACAACCAAGAAUGUGCGAAGGUCAUAGCAUGGAAGUGGAUACAUUUUUUAUUUUGAGGGCUUAAACCAAAUUGUCUUGGAAUUAAAGCUGUAUUUCUGCAGCUUUCACUACAGAGAAGAGAACAGUGAAGGGGAGUCAGUUUUUCCUUGGGGGCCACAGCAUGUCUAAGAAAGAAAGAUGAAGUCAUUUGCGUAAAGGUACAGCAUUAAAAAACUAUGUUGUGUUUGUUUUUACAUUUUGCAUUUAAAACAUACAGUAAAAGCCAAGGUUGAAUUGCAUAGUAAGCAAGUUAUAGCAUUUGUAUUGAGUUCCGUGGUAGUCACACACUGUUCACAUCCACACCAUAUUUAAUAGUAUGAUUUGUCAGGGGAGGGACUCUGGGGUGAUGGUUCUCAAUUGACCUUUACUCUUAGUGCAGCUGCAUCUAUGUACAAUGUUUCGAAGCUUAGCAGAAACUCAGUAUAUUUUAAAAACAUAUAGGGUUAGGGUUGGAGAGAAAAUGCGGAUAUAGUAAGAAAAGUGACCCAUAUAGAAGGCACCGUGAGCUUGUCUGUUGGUUGCCUGUGAUUGAAAUGAGGGGCGAGUUUCAGUUAUAAAUGGUGGCUGAUUGCUCUCUAAUUGUGUACAUGUUUGUUGGGAUGGCUGUCCCAUAUUGUAUAUUGGAAUAAAAAUUUCUAUAAAUUAUCAUAACUGAAAGUAAAUAUUCUAAAUUAAGUCUCACUUCUAAGUCAUAUGGCUUCUGUCUUGGAAACUUUACCUUUAGAAGCUUGCUUAAGACAGGAGCCAUGAGACUUUAGGAAAAGGAAAAAGAGAAAAUGUAUAAUAUAUGGGUCUUGUUGCCUCUAACUAUCAGUAUAGGGUUUUUUCUUUCCUUGAUGGCAGUAGAGAGACCUCACUUUCAUAACAUACUACUCUUGAUACUUUGUUUAAAGAUACUUUUCAUUAAAGAUUCUCUCAUGAGGUAUUUAACUGGGAGCUGGGAGGCUAAGGCGCUCAGGUCCUGGCUCUUCAGUGAAUUUAACUGUGUGACCUUGGGCAAGUCACUUAACCUCUCUGUGCUUCAGUCUCCCUAUCUUGUAAAAUGGGAGUAAUACCUACCUCACAGGGUUGUUGUGGGGAUUAAUUAGAUAUAAUGUCUGUAAAGCAUUUAAGGUUCUUGAAGAAGGCACUAUAUAAAUACAAAAUAAUAUCUAUUAAAGUUGGUUUAUUUGUG